AUGGCACUUUGGCAACUAAAGCUACUCUUCUCACAUCUAUUAAUCCUUUGCUUAGCAGCAACUUUGGUUUCUCCACACAGCAGGCCUUUUUCAACUCCAAGUGUCACACACUUAACGGAUUCUUUUCCUCAUGUCCCAUUUGAUCAUUCCUUUUCUAACGCUUUUGGGGCCUCAAAUAUCAAGUUUCUCAGUAAUGGGUCCAUGGCCACUCUGGCUCUUGACAAAAUCUCAGGCUCUGGCUUGGUCUCCCAAAGCAGAUACUACUAUGGAUUCUUCAGUGCUGCAAUCAAAUUACCAGCUGGUUUAUCAUCAGGAGUUGUAGUUGCCUUUUAUUUGUCUAAUGCAGAUAAAUUCCCACACAACCAUGAUGAGAUAGAUAUUGAACUGCUUGGUCAUGAUAAGAGAAAUGACUGGGUUAUUCAAACAAACAUCUAUGCCAAUGGAAGUGUCAGCACAGGAAGAGAAGAGAAAUUCUAUUUCUGGUUCGACCCAACACAGCAGCAUCAUUAUUAUAGCAUAUUAUGGAACAGUUAUCACACAGUGUUCUUAGUGGACAAUAUUCCAGUGAGGGAAUUCAUACAUAGCAGCACAUAUCCUUCUAUAUAUCCAUCAAAGCCAAUGUCAGUGUAUGCUACAAUAUGGGAUGGUUCAGAAUGGGCUACACAUGGAGGAAAAUACCCAGUUAACUAUAAGUAUGCACCAUUUGUUGUUUCAUUUGCAGAAAUGGAACUUAGUGGAUGCAUAUCUGAUCCCACAGCUACAGUUUCUUCAUGUUCUAUGGCCAAUCCUUCAGGCCUAGACCCUGUUAAUGGACCAGAGUUUACUAAGCUAUCACAGCAGCAGAUAGAAGCCAUGGAUUGGGCAAGAAGAAAACUCAUGUUUUACUCAUACUGCAAUGACAAACCCAGAUUCAAAGUCAUGCCACCAGAAUGCCACUAAACUAUACAAAUUAAUUCAGGAAAAUUACUAGAAAAGAAUUCCUGCAAAAGUAUUUAUUAGUUAUCAUGAAGGAAGAUAUAGUCAUACUUUUUUUAUAAAUU